GCAUGCGCUGCAAGUGCGCAGACGCCACCUCGCGGGGGCCAGUCCGAUCGCAGAAGUGAUCCCGAGGUGUUCACCGAUAGUUGGCGGUCGUCCCGGUUUUCACGCGAAUAAAUUCUCGUCGUCGCUCCCGACUCCCACGGCGGUCCCACGGUUAUUGCUGCUCCGUGAAACAGACGCAAUACCGAUGGCGGGGCACUGAGAUCAUUGAGAGGUGACUGGAAGAUCUAGUCGCGCUCCCGCGGAAUCACCAUCGAGGUAUCCUGCCAGGUCACACACGAGGAUCAUGAAAAUGGUGCUGUCUCAACGUCAGAGGGAGGAGUUAAAUAAGGCGAUCGCUGAUUACCUUAGCACGAACGGCUAUCAAGAUGCAUUGGAGGCAUUCAAGAAGGAGGCCGAUAUGCCGGGAGAGGUGGAGAGGAAGUACGGAGGCCUCUUGGAGAAGAAGUGGACCUCGGUCAUACGGUUGCAGAAAAAGGUAAUGGAACUGGAAUCCAAACUCUCCGAGGCCGAGAAGGAGUUCAUAGAAGGCGCGCCGACGCGCGGCAAGAGAUCGCCGUCCGAAUGGAUACCGAGGCCGCCGGAGAAGUUCAGCCUGUCCGGACACAGAGCCCCUAUCAAUAGAGUUAUUUUCCACCCGGUUUUUAGUCUCGUAGUAUCCGCCAGCGAAGAUGCUACCAUUAAGGUGUGGGACUUUGAGAGCGGUGACUUCGAGAGAACGCUGAAGGGCCACACCGAUAGCGUGCAGGACAUCGCGUUCGAUGCCUCGGGCAAGCUGCUCGCCUCCUGCAGCGCGGACAUGUCCAUCAAGCUGUGGGAUUUCCAUCAGUCGUUCGCCUGCGUCAAGACCAUGCACGGCCACGACCACAAUGUCAACUCGGUCGCGUUCGUGCCGCAGGGCGACUUCGUCGUGAGCGCCUCCAGGGAUAAGACCAUCAAGAUCUGGGAAGUGGCGACGGGCUACUGCGUAAAGACGCUCACGGGACACAGGGAGUGGGUGAGAAUGGCACGAGUCAGCCCGUGCGGCGAGCUCAUCGCCAGCUGCUCGAACGAUCAGACUGUUCGGGUGUGGCACGUGGCGACGAAGGAGACGAAGGUCGAGUUCAGGGAUCACGAGCACGUGGUGGAGUGCAUCGCAUGGGCGCCGGAGAACGCGAGGGCGUCGAUCAACGCGGCGGCCGGGGCGGACAACAAGGGCGCGCACGAGGGGCCCUUCCUCGCUUCCGGCUCGCGGGACAAGAUGAUCCGCGUGUGGGACGUCGGCGCCGGGGUGUGCCUCUUCACCCUCGUCGGGCACGACAACUGGGUGCGAUGCAUCGUCUUCCAUCCUGGCGGCAAGUUUAUCGUCAGCGCGUCCGACGAUAAGACGCUGCGAGUCUGGGACACGCGCAAUAAGCGAGUGAUGAAGACCCUCGACGCGCACCUUCACUUCUGCACUUCUGUCGAUUUCCACAAGAACCAUCCUUACGUGGUCACCGGGAGCGUCGAUCAAACGGUGAAGAUUUGGGAGUGCCGCUAGUCACCGAAUUUUAGAUUUUCCGUCGGACGUCGUGUGCGGAAGCGAACGGAAGUAUAAAACGAGAGAAAAGACGAACGCGCAUCGAUUUUAAUGGAAUCGGCCGAAAGAGUAAGCUGCUACAAAAAAGCUAUCGUACAUAUGCUAUUAAUAUUAAUAUUAUUAUUAUACAUAAACACACAUAAACACGUAUGGUUAAGAGCUCUUUAAUUAAUUUAUAAAAUAAAGUAUAAUUAGUAAUUAUAUGAUAAAUUACAUCGUUUUACGGCAAUGAACUGCACUAUUCGAGGAGAGUGAAUCGAGAAACGGUCACGAGGAUCAAACGAUCGAGAGGACGCUCCCACGAAGUUCUCAUUACGGAUCACCUACGGGACGCGGGUGGUCAUUAAUGCCAUAAAUACAAUUACAAGAGUUAUAUUCCUUUUAGGCGGUUGUGCAAUUGUGUGGUAGGCAUUAUUCUGUACAUAAUACAUACGCGUGUCUUUGUUCGCAGCGCGAAAUUCGAUGUCGUUGAGUUCGAGUGUUUCUCGCUAACUUUGAUUUACUCUUGCUCUCUUCGCCCGCUUAUGCAAUGUAUCCGUUAAAAGUAUUAGUUACCAGCUGAUCGUACACACACGUACAUACGCAUACGACGUACACGCGCAAAGAGAGAAGAAGAUCGUCCUCCUCGAUUAUGACCCUUGCGUAAGAACACGUCGAAUCUCUUGAACUUUCUGCCGGCAGUGGCGAAAAUUUCGGCUGUGGCGUCACCACCGCGCAACUACGAUGGUAACUGAUUCGUUGUCACUUGUAUUGUUCGCGCGCUCUCCUCGAGAGUUCUUGAGAGAACGAAAGAUGUUGCUCCUUCUUUACUCAUAUAUACAUAUAUAUAUAAAUAUAUAUAAGCAUAUUACACGCGCGGCAGACAUACAUACUUACACACACACACAAACACACAUGUACAGACGCGUAGUGUCUUUGUACCAUACAAAGAAUCGAGUGUUAAUGAUCGUCAAAUGUCGGCUCACGUGUGCCCUGAUGAGUUGUUGUCACAUUUGCCGCAUUAAUAAACGUCCGUUUUUCUGGGACACGUAAUACACCUAACACGUCGCAAGUAAUAUAAAUCGAACGGCAGUGGUAUAUAAAAGGAAGUAGUAUGGCAAGGACCGUCUCAGUCGAACAUAUUGUUACGCGUCUAUGCGGAUUCUCUCGAAACGGCGCGCCCCUUUGGAGUUUUCAUUAGAUUUACAUACGCUUAUGUAUAAAUCGGAAUCUCUCCGAGUGUGGGGAGAGGCGUCAGUCGAGGUUGACCGAGGGCUAAGUGUAACACGCGGCGCAACGCUUGAAAUGUCUCGUUUAUUUCUCAAUGUGGACCGAGGGGGUCGAGAGAGUCAGGCCGGGAUCAUUUGGCGGGAGCGCCCGCAAUGUAGAACGGCGAUCGAUUUGCCCGCCGUGCGCCUAACGUUACGAUAAUGAUCACGCUUACACGGUGGCUUAUAAUCCGGUUUAAUAACUACCCGAUCCAAAAUGUUUUUCUUCGACUAUAAGGAUUACUUAAAUAUAAGUCUUAUCUGAUACUUACGCUACAAUUUCUAGUAUAGGUACAUAUACAUAUAUACAUCAAAAGAGAUUGAUUAAUGUUCAGAGUAACAAAAUAGGCUCCCCUAUUUAAAUGAUCAUGAUCGAUAGAAGAACUUUGAAACUCGGAUGGUACACGGUAGUUAAGCAGGAUUAUAAGCCGCUGUGUAAACGUAGUCUAUGACAAUGUGACACGACGGGUGAGCCGAAUCCGGGGAAUGCGACGACUGGGGCUCGAGGCGUCCGAGUGGAGCCGAGACGGGAGAGGUGACUCGUGAAGCGUAACGCGUGAAAGUUUUCAGAAGCGCGUAGUUCAUUGCGUGGGUUCCAUUGCGGAAGAUGUUACUAGCUGUAUCCUUUUAGUUCUAACUAGUGUUAGCGGUAGCGCGCAGACAUUAUCGUAGACGAUAGAGAAGAAGGAUAAGGAUAUAAAAUAGACUUCGGGGAGAACUGCGAAGCUAACGAUCGAUUGACACACGUACACACAUACACAGAUAUACGCGUACACAGAGGCGUAGGUACAGGAGGCAAAGCGUCCGAGUUUUCAGGCAUUCGAAUAAGAAGGGACAUUCGCACACGUGUGUAAAACGUGUAAUCCGCAAGGAAGAGAAAUCAGUAAUCGAUAAUUGCUUAAUUAAGGAUGAUUUUUCCAACGCGGUACACUUAAUUACCGACUGCUACUUUUCUCCCACUGUUCAUUCAGCCGAGUAUAAGACAACAAAUCUCCCCCCCCCCUCCCGCCGAGAAGAGAUGUCCCUCAAUUAAUGUGGUACUAAAUUAUUUUGGUGAAUAAUAAACAGAAUUGUCACUGAGAUCGUUAUAUGCUGCAAGUAUCAUAUAUCGCACCUACACGACUCGCGUAUAUUCUCGGAACGGCAUAAUUUCCGUUUUGAUUUCUUUUUCCUUUUAACGUUUGCAGGUGUUCAAUCUGUAUUGCCCGAUUAUGCGCGCAAACGGUUCCGUCGUAUACCCGCUAAAAUUUUUGCGUAGCUUCGAUCAGAGCGAUAGGCUGUUAAGGCUCCCUCCCUCCGCUGUAGAACAUAUUUAAUCGACAUGUGCAUGACAGUAUUUUAUAUAGUACAAUAUAGGGCAGAGAGAAUUAGCAGCGUAGCAUUGUAAGCGAAACGCAUCCCAAACACCCGCUGUGCGUGUUUAUACGUAGAUGAUGUAAUAAAAGGAAAAGAGAGAAAAAGAGAGAUGCAGAGAAAAAACACACGACAAGUCAUGUUGUAGCGUCGCCUGCCGUGAGACCCGUCACGACGGGCCCCCGCGACUCCGCUUUCCACCUGCUUGGGUAAUAAUGAUACCGACUAGUAGAUUUACAAUAAAGUACUCUUCGUCAUUUGUAAUACACA